CAUGAACCCGGAUGUAUCGAGAUUUGGACUAGGAACAAAAGCGUCGGGCUGAAAAAUGCAUCAAUAUUGUUUGUGAAAAGUAAAGGAACGAGACAGAUGUGUCGGGUAAAGUACACGUAUGCGCGCGGUUUAGAUGAUUGAUUAUACCCGUUAAAAUAAACCGCUUGUUCAUGCAUUUGCAUUGUUGCAUCAACGCCGUAUCACACCGAUACAUGAACAUUUUAACAGCAAUCCAUAUCGAAACUUUAUAAAUUAACCUAUCAAUCACCGUAGCCUACAGUUUGUAGCGCUGACAUGCAUUUGAUUCACGUAUAUGGCAAAAAGUAUGAGCGUGGCAGCAACUGGUCCGAACCGGAGGUGCUCGAACUUCUGCAGAUCUGGUCGGACGUGCCCGUUCAAACCGAGCUGGUGACCUGUCUCAGAAACCAGCAUGUGUUCAACCGAAUCGCAAGCACCCUGCGCCAGAAAGGCAUCAAUCGCACCGGGGAUCAAUGCAGGGAGAAGAUCAAAAAGUUGAAGUUGGAGUACAAGCAGAAGACUUUGAGAUCCGCGAGGUAUUAUGAGCUCAUGGAGAGAGCUCAGAGCAACCGAACUGCCGCAGCAUCGGGCGCUACUUUGCCUUUAUGGGGUGAUACUGCCACGAACCAGGUGGUGGGACUCGAGGGCGAAGCUUCCGAGUCAGAGGUUCAGGGUCACCCGUCCAGAGCGAGUGAAAUACAGGAGGUCAAGACGGAGGUCAUGAGCUCGGACGAUGAGGCGACGGGCCCGCCUGAGAUGUUGUAUGAGUUCGGCCCUGUUGAUGAUGACGACGACGACGAAGCCAGUGCUAAUCACAAACACUCGGUGCCAAACACAGAGGACCAGACAUUGGAUGGAGAGCAUGGAAACAGCACGCACGUCACGUGUUCCCCAUCAGAUUUCAGUGACCAGAACAUGACUGUCUCCUCUGGUGCGGGCGUAUCCCCGGCAACAGCUCCCAUGCAGAUUAGAGACCAAGGUAACCAUGGCGACCAAGAAGGCCACGGGGGUUCUGCAUCGUUCCUUCAGAGGAAGCGUCGCCGGGUGGCACGAGGGGGUGACGGGGUGUUAACGAGCGCGUUGGCCGGGUAUCUGAGCUGGCAGCAGAUGGCAGAGGAGCGGUUUUUCGCUCUAGAGGAGGCACGCAUGAGACAGGAGGCACGAGCUGAGGAGCGGAGGGAGAAACAGGAGGAGAAACGAGCACACCAGGAGAGAGAACACGAGUUUCGUCUUAUGUCUAUGUUGACUAGAGUCUUGAACACAGCGCGAGGAGUGGAGACCAGCACCACGCCUCUCCCUGUGCCCAACUCCUUACAGAACUUGUUACCAUAUCCGUCAUCCGCCAGCGCCAAAUCUCCAGCUGUACCCAUCAUACCUUGGGGUGAUCAGACACGCCAGUACAACCCGUACCUGUCUCGCCGUGGCAAUAGCAUGCGGCUGCAUCAGGGAAUCCUGCAGGAAGGAUACACACAGUAUCACGCCAACAAGCACGAUGAGAGCACAAACCCUGAUGGCAUUAUCAACAUGGGAACUAGUGAAAACAAGCUUUGCUUUGACCUUCUGCACAAACGGCUAACGCGACCCAAUAUGCUGCACAUCGAGUCUUCUUUUCUGCAAUACCCUGAUUGGAAAGGCCACAAUUUCCUCAGAGAGGAAAUUGCUAAGUUCCUGUCAGACUACUGCCAUUCUCCAAGUCCUCUAAAAGCUGAGAACGUUGUUGUUAUGAAUGGUUGUGGGUCUGUUUUCUCAGCAUUGGCAGCUGUGCUUUGUGACCCAGAAGAUUUGAUUCUGAUCCCGUCCCCCUUCUAUGGUGUAAUAACGGAGGAUGUGGGUGUGUACAGCAGUGUUAAACUACACCAUGUUCCACUGGAUAGUCAGCCCACAGGAAGUGAUGUUAGACCGUUCCAGCUAACUGUUGAAAAACUGGAAAACUCCCUCAAAGAGGCCAAGACUGAGGGUUUAAACAUCAAAGCGCUUAUUCUAUUAAACCCACAUAAUCCACUGGGGGAAGUGUACUCUGCCAAAGAGAUGACCAGCUUUCUAAAAUUAGCCAAAAAGCACGAGCUUCAUGUGAUUGUGGAUGAGAUUUACAUGCUCUCAGUAUUUAAUGAGAUGGACAACUUUCGCAGUGUUCUCGGUUUGGAUCGGUUGCCAGAUCCCCAGAGAACCCAUGUUAUGUGGGGAACCAGUAAGGACUUCGCUUUGUCUGGGAUGCGAGUGGGUAUGGUCUACUCGGAAAACAGAGAUUUGGUUCAGGCCUUGGAUCAGCUGGGCAGCUUUCAUGGAGUCCCGGGACCUACGCAGUAUCAGAUGGCCGAACUUCUCAGAGAUAGAGAUUGGCUGAAUAACGAGUUCCUCCCGGAGAACAGAUGCCGGCUACGAGAGGCUCACAGCUAUAUAACAGGAGAACUGAAGGAAAUGGGAAUUCCUUUUCUGCACAGGGGUGCUGGCUUUUUCAUCUGGGCUGACCUGAGCAAGUAUCUAAAGGAGAAGACGUUUGCUGCGGAGCUGUCUGUAUGGAGAUGUUUUAUCAAACACAAGGUUCUGCUGAGCUGUGGUCAGGCCUUCAACUGUACCUCACCAGGCUGGUUCAGAAUAAUCUUCAGUGAUCAACGGCACAAUCUAAAGCUAGGUGUGCAAAGGAUUAGGAAUGCUUUAGAAGACCUUCAGAGCUCCUCCAUACUUGAGUCGCAGGAGAAGACGGAAGACAAACAAGACAACACCAUUCAGUCAGUGAAGAGAGAAGACAUUGAGAAUACAAACAAUACAGUCAAGACCUCAAGUGUUCAAACCAAACAUCAAAAUGCCACAGCCUGCAUUAAGACAGAGCCCGUCUUAUUGGCUAAUGAGGACUUUAUAAUUAUUAAUGGCCAAUCCACCGUCAGCUCAUCAGCCCACCAUAGUCAGAUUGGUACUUCACAGCAGCAGAUCCACUCGUCUGAUUGGCUGGAGAAGAACAAGCCUGAGCUUGCUACUGGAGAGAACCCAAAACAAUUGAAUGUUUUUACAGAUCUGCUCAACAGAGCCAGAAAGUAAAGUAACACUAGAGACAAGUUAGUUUAACCAUCAUUGUAUUAUUUUUUAAUGAACACCUUACAUACAGUUUAAAGGAGUCUGUAAUUGUGAAAAUGACACCACUGUGAGCUCCAUAAUUAUUGAAUAAUUCUUAAAUUGUAAAAUAUUAUCCUGGCCGUUGCAGUAAUUGGAGACUGUCCAUUUUAAUUGCUCUCAAAUGUCAGAUUCUAGAUAAUCAAUCUGUUGUUUAAAUUGAUUUAAAGGCAUUAUAUCACAAAAAAAUAUCUUAUUUUUUUUUACUUUUGAAAGAACAGCAACAAUGAAUGGCCUGUUGAGUUAUAAUGGGCAUAGAGCAUGGAAACUGGUCAGAAAAAACAAAAUUAUCCAACACAGUCUCAUGACAACUCGAAAUCGUUAGAUAUCUCACACCUUGUCUUAUAUGAAAAGGUACGACUUUCAUUCCCACAGAAAUCUGUACAAUACAAGCAUGACAUUUUUGCUAGCCCCCUAUCGAACUCUUUACAUUUCUGGGAACAAAUGAGGUUAUUCCAUGUUUAUUUGUGCAAUACAAAUGACUGAUGUCAAUAACCUGUUAUACGCUUCCCUCUUCGUGUUUUCUUUCUUUAAUGCUACACAACAGUGAUUUUUUUCCAAUAAAAGCAUGGUUAGGUUUAGAGUUUUGGUAAGGGGUUAAGACUUUAUGGUUAUGAGUUAAGUUGUACUUUUUUGUAAGAGCCAAUUUAUCAUACAAUUCUGCUAUCUCGUACUAUUAUUACUUAAUUUUCAGUUUUUUGGCCAAAACAAUCCACUAAUAUGAUAAGUUGACCGAUAAGUGGGAGAAAAAUGUCUGAAAUGGCCUCUUAAAAAUUUUGUAAAAUUUAAAAACUGGCAAACUUUACCACCUUGGUGACGGAAGGGAUGAAACUUUGCAUGUUCUCAGUUAUGGAUUAAAAGUGGAUGUGGUUUAGACACAAUUUUGUUUACUUGUUCUUUUUUGACACUUCUUAAGACUUGUCCGUUACAUAAAUUCCUUGUUUUUGGCACCCUCAAGGGUGUUUUUCUCAGUUAUGUGUUUACAAAGAAAAUGUCUUUUAAAAGCUUUGGUUUUUAUUCUGAAGAUUUUAAUGGGUGUGAUGUGUUUUAAGGGCUCCUGACAGUAAU